CCUAGCUGGUCUUCAUGGCGAAAGCCAUUCACACCACGGACAAUUUAACUACGAGCACUGAGUUUCCUACUUUGGCUUUCUUCGUCUUGAUCACAAGUUGUGCAUUUCUCGGUCGUAUUUUUAGCUGCAACUAGUUGUACUUGUUUCUGCACCAAGUUUACGAUGUUUAUUGCGCAAUGUCUCCGGUAAGAGCGGCUGCCGCUAGUGCUUACGGGCAGGUGGAGAGUUUGACUUUUGAGUCUGCUGGUGGAACAGGUAGUUUGAGCACGGCUGGUAACUACCCGGCGGUCGCAGAGCACUACAUGGUGGACAACUACUAUAGCGCAAGCGCUGGAUCUCCUCCUGUCGGCGCUGUAGUUGCGACCGGCACGCCAAAUGUUCCCGACGCCGACCCGAAAUGGAUUCAGUACUUGGAGCAGGGGAUCCACAUUCUGAGCGAAAAAUGGAAUGAGUAUGGGAACGCGGUCGCGGCGCGAAUCAACGACGCCGCGGAUGUGGUUGGAACUGGUGCUGUGCAUAGUCCUGGCAACAUCGGACCACCUCCUGCUGGUGAUGCACAGCACAAAGACCGGGGUAGUUCAACAUCAUCCUCAGGUCGCGGCGCUACCAAUUCCGCGUCGUCCGAAGAGGCUCUGCCAGGCCAUCUCUUGGUAUAGAAGAGGACAAAGUUCAAGUUCUUGAAUUACUUUGAAUUUUUGCAAUAUGAAUAUUCUUUGCAACUCGACGACCACGUCCACCACCCUCUAGACAUCUUCAAGAAUUCAGAGAUGAUACACCUGACACUCAAUCGAGCUGAGGAGGCAAAAAUGAUAUAGCAAGUGGAAUGAAAAAAACCAUCUCAGCGGUGUCGAUCAGUGUCUACCCCACUACUUCAUCUCAGGACCCCUGCGUCGCUGCGUAUGCCGACCGAGCGAGGCUUCUCGCGGACCGCACCGCCGAAUUCUUAUGAAUUGCAAAAGCAUCGUACUAGUAUAAAUUGCAUUACAAAUUGGCCCAGCAUUAAAAAUCGAAUUUCUAAUGCUGAUUUGAAUUGAGAAAGAGAUUUGUAAUGCAUAAAUGCAAUUAGUAUGAGUACGAUACUUUUGCACAGGAUAAUUCUGUGCACAGACCAAUGGGCAACGGGAGCUGCUCCAGGCGGAAAAGAACCGCGAGCGACAGAGGUACGAAGGGGAACAGGAGAAAUAUCAGGUAAAGUAGUUCGUUCUUUUUGGUGCAUCAUGCUUGGCAAAUUUUUCCGAUGACGGAGCCGAGCCGCAGGAGAUCAGCAUACCACCACGAAAAUCUACCAAGAAAAUACGUCUACUAGAAGAUGAAUGUGAAUCACAAUUCACGCAUGAUGCUCAACGUCAACAGGUCGCCAUGGCGGAUUUGGAGAGCCAAAUCAACAAAGAGUGGGCGAGGUACGUGGAACAAAUGGAAAAAGGACAGUUGGAACAAGAGCAGCAUAAAUCUUCCUCCUCCACCUCCAAACCGCCCGGUGCGGGCAAGGAAGACCCUCGGGCUCUUGACCAGGAAACGGAGCUGCCAGAUCAGGAAGACGACCAAGACAAUUUCGACGAUUCCACCUCAAGUGAGGAUCACGACCACUUGGAUUUUUCCGCAAACAGCUCGUCCGACGGGGGCAGUCCCAGUGAGGAAAAUGAUAGCGCUGAAACUUCCUCUCCGCUCCCCGUUGCCGAGCUGAAAAAGCGGCAGAACGAGCUGCUGCUCCGGUUGAAAUACGAGUACCAGCGGAAACACCGGGAUCUGGAAGAUUUGAAGGAUACCGUGCUGCGUCGGGAGAUCUGCAUGACGAACAUUUUGACAAGGAUCAGCGAAAAUGACGCGGCGCUGUACCAGAAAGGGUUUCAGGCAAACGAGAUGGGGUGCUACGUGUCCAUAUGCAAUACAAAUUUCCCGUGCAUGUACUACAGGAUGCAGCACAAUUUCACCAACUUCGAAGAAGCAACCUGUCAUGCUGAAGAGCUUUGAAGCAAAAGCUUGUCAUGUGGAAGCUACAAUCAUCGUACGUCUACGUCGUGUGCGGGUUGAAAUUUACUGUGGAUAGUCCACCCACCCAUCCAUGACGGCUACGCAGGACCAGGAAAUGCGGAAGGGGCACUGUCAACUAGAAGAUUUGCUGCUGGAAAUCGGACAGAAACGGGAGUCGCUCCGGUUGAAGGAAGAGCACAUCGGGUUUCUGCAGGAGGAUACGGUUUCUUUAUUUUCAUAUAGAUUUCAGCCUCCGUUUUAUUUGGUUUUUUCGCUACACUUAUGGAAGUUUUUGCUCCAUGGUUUGACGGAAAAAUCAUGUACGAGCAGCAAAUUCCAUUCAUCGCUCUACACAAACUUAUCAAUAUGCAGGCACGGCUGAAGGAGCUUCGUCAAUGGGUGGAUGCCGAGUGGGAAAGAAGACAAAGGGACACUGGCGUGGAGGCGGGUAUGCAGACGGAUUGGAGCUGGGAACAAAUCAAAAACGAUUUUGAGGACCUAGCUGGACCAAAUACAGUGCAGAGUGCGACACCCAAGCGCACCGCGCCGAAUUUCGCAGGAAGUGUGCACGCAGGUAUUUUUACGUUAUUGCUACAGCUUCAAAAUUAAACUAAAACAAACCAUGAUUGAAAGGAACUACAGAUGACAGCACGGCAAAAGACUGUAAUCGUAUGUCACGAAGUCGAAGGGCAGGAAGAGGAAUAAAAAAUGAAAAUUCAGCUGGACACACUUCGCCGUCGCCAUCAGGAGCUCGUGGUGUGCGCGGAAGGCAAUCUAGUUCGGGGGGCGUCCAGCGGUCCUAUGACUUCACGCCGACCGAUCGUCGCAGCCGCGCGUCAGUGGUACAUGCAGAUGUUGCUGGUAGGCCGAUAAACUUCAUGACCCUUUGAUGUUGAUUCGUUUUGCAUGCUCUCAAACAAGAAUAGUAUAUUUUCAGUUUUCAAAGUUCUCUUCACACGGUACAUCAUACAGAACGGCACUCCGCCCGUCCGCACUUCCAGUGGAGCUGCAACCUCAAGCAACCAGCAACCUCCUCCCCCGGGAACAGCUGGUCCGCCCACGCGAAGUUCCAUGCCCGGUAGCGCGCGGGGAACCGCGACGAACCGCGGACAGAGCUUUUCCCGUGCCCCGGUGACCCGCAACCAGCAGGGGAUCGCGGCGCCCAAGCGGAAGCGAAACGAGAAAACCCUUUCGAGCCCGGAGAAAAGCAAGAUCAGCUCCAAGGUUGCAAGUACCUUGGCCGGCCUGCAGAGCAAAAGCGCGGCAAUAGCGAACAUUGGGGGAGGCGGUCCUUUGCCCAGUAACACCGGCGCACCAACAGCACCAGUCGGCAAGGCGGCGUCGACAUCAUCUUCAUCGGCGGGGGUGAAGAAUUAUAAUGAUCCCCAGCAGCAGCUGUCUGUGACCGAACAGCACGUGGCGUUUGCGACCGCAAGCCUGCGCAAGCGGAUCCAAAACCCGGGCAGUGGAUCGUUUGACCGGUCAAGUGGUACGACGGGAAAUAACCCGAAUGCACCAAUCCGCGGAUCAAGGCAGGUCAAAGUUACUGGUGGCGGCGCAACAUCUUCAAAUAACCCGUCUCUACUAGGAGCAUCAUCCACGACCAUCGCAGGAGCAGCUCCCAACACGAAGCAAGCUGCGGCCUGGCUGCAGAACAACAUGGUGCCCGGACUGGUGUCCACCUCUGGAAACGUGUCUGCGCCUGUACCGGGUGCCGCGGGAUCUGCUACCGGCAUGGUUCCGCCUGUGUCUUCCUCUAGCUCCUCCUCUUCAUCCCGACGAAAUAAACCGAUCAACACCCGCGGCUCCACCGCGCGUCGCGGUUCGCAGGAGCCGCCGGCUGUCGUGAGAGGUACUAGUAGUGCCGGCGGCCCGAAGAGUUCAAUUAGUGGCUCUGGUUCCAUUCGCGGCGGGGUGCGCGGAGCGACGACGACAAACGCGCCAAAUUUGCAUCAAGUAGGGGCCUACCGAGGAUCGACAAAUACUAGUGACGGCAGCAAACAAACCCAUACCCAAGCGGGACGGGGGAAUCCUGGCGGGUCGACCAGGAGUACCGCUAGUGCAGCAGCGACGGGAACAGCAGCUGCUACACGGGAAAGACUACAACCGCCUCGUCGUGGCGAUCUGUUUGCGACCGCGACGUUUGGGACGGCGCAUACAACAGGAACAUCAGUAGACGAAAUGCUUGAUGUAAAUAACGAGGAGCUUCUGUCCAACCCGCCGUCGUUCGACGACCAGCCGCUGGAGGGCAACUUUCUCUCGGACGACGAUGGCUCAGACGGGGACCCGAGGAUUCAGGACAUUCCGAAACGGCGCGGCGUGCUGGACGACGAACUCAUGUUCGCCGCUGGGGGAGGGGGGACGACGACGACGGCGAACUUCGGGAACAAUACCAGCAGCGUCCUCGCGUCCCCGCCUGUUGGAGGAGGUAAUGCAACCACGACGACACCUAGUCAGCACCAGCCGCAGAUUCUUGUCGGCGGAACUGCAGCGAAGAACAAGAUUUCUCUAACCGCCGUGGGUGCGCCGACGAUGUUGCACCGGACCAACUCGCAUGGCCUAAACGCAGCGGAUUGCCGACCGCCGGCGGCGUCGAGUAGCAGUCCUGUUGGAGGUGCAGCUGGAAAUAAUAGCAGCGGUGCCAGAUCCACUUCGCCCGCGUUUGGAGUGCAGGUGGAAGACGGCGAUCGCAAGGUGGCUGAGCAUCUGGCCAGCGCGGGGCCCGGCGGGGAAAGUGCUGGGGGCGGAAAGGUAGAAAUUUGGAUUGCGUGCUGUCGUGUUUGACCUUGAAUCAUGCUCCAAAAUCGGACCACUACGUAGGAAAAUGAAACUCUGUGUGCUGACUCAUGAUCUCGAGAUACAUAGUACUGACCUACUUUGUUUUGCAAAAUCAAAAGCAAGCUACCGCGCCAUCAGGUCGAUCGCAACUCGGGAUUCAACGGGCUCGCAGGAGCGGUUAGUCCGAAGCGUCCCGGGGUUCCUCAGAACUCGGAAAAUCGCAUGCGCGAAAGGACAAAUAAGGUUCGAACCUCUCGAGGAUGAGGGGAAUGUAGGAACGAAGUACAGACGAAUUAAGGAUGUGGAGACAUAAAAAACGUCCGAGUCCGCGGGCUGUGUAUUUCGAAGAAUAACAAGAUCAAGAAUACACAAUACGAUGCAGCAUAUGUUUUAUCAUCUAGCACAAGAAU